AUGCCUUCCCCUUCCCCAAACGGCAGAUCAGCUGGCAGAAGAUCCUCUCGCUCUGCGACUCGAGCCAGGAAUUCAUCGGUUUCCUCCCUUCAGCAACAAGCUGUUCAAAAAGCCUGUCAUGAGUUAGGAGGGAUGAUCGAAGGAGAGCGCUCGUCUUCCACUUUCGCCUGUGGUGGAACAAUCCCCAUUGGAAAUAUGGAGGAAGGAAAUUCUCCCCCAGUGACAAUCUUUUGGUCCACAGACCGGAAACCAAAUUCGAAGAAAUUAGUACUCCCACUAGGCGAGGAACAGGAUUCCAGUCCAAAUGCCCUGAAGCAGCUAGUAUCCGGCUGCUCCCCCGCUACAUUUGGUCGGGGCGAGAAGGACGUUCUUGAUCAAAGCUAUCGGCUCGCGGGAAAGCUGAACUUCGAUCAAUUUUCUAGUACUUUUCAUUUGCCUAGCUUUGGGAUUUUGGAGAACAUCGAGCAGAUUCUACUCCCCAGCAUCAGCACUGCUGACGAGAACGCUUUGCAGUUCAGAAAGCUUUCCGCAGAUUUGUACAAACUCAACGUCUACUCGGGGCCGACUGGUCUUUUUCGCAAGCAUGUUGACACCCCACGCUCCGCUAAUCAAGUUGGCUCUCUGGUUGUCUGCUUGCCAUCUCCGUUCGAAGGAGGCAACCUGCUCGUCCGCCACCAAGAACACGAAGUUAAUUUUGACUGGGGCCCUGCGAGUGACUUGAGCAUACAAUGGGCGGCGUUCUAUAGCGACUGUGAACACGAAAUCAAAACCAUCACCAAAGGAGACAGGGUGACCUUAACAUACAACCUUUGCGUGACGGAGCCAGUGGGCAGUUUGACUCUACCCAAACCAAUUGUUGACAUCAAGUCUCUUCCACUAUAUGAAUACCUGCGAGAUUUGAUUAGGCAGCCCGGCUUCCUGGCAGAUGGCGGUGCUCUGGGCAUUUUCUGCUCCCACGCCUACGCCCACUCUUCUGACACGGCAGCAACCAACCUCCCGCGGACUUUAAAGGGAUCCGACUUGGUUUUCUACGCCGUACUAAAGUCAAUUGGCAUAGGUGUCAAUGUUCUCCCGGUGAUGGAUAUGGCGGAUUGGGAUAGACAUGGCGAACCACCGUCUGGAAAUUGCGUUGGCAAUGCCCUCUACUCUUACUUCACAACCGAUGAGGGGGGAUAUGAGGAGGAAUACGAGUCAAAGAUCGCGAAGAGAUGUUGGCCGUAUAAAAUACGGCGGGACAUUACUUGGCUUACGGCGCCGAAGCAUCUUGAAUACGCAUUCACUCACUUGGCUUACGGCAAUGAGGCCUCGACCUCCACACAGUACUCAUAUGCUACUAUCAUUGCCGAAUUUCCUUCCUGGAAUGAGAGAAUACGACAGACUUUCCUGACUUCAUAGUCUACACAUUCAGAUAUCAAGAUAGUUUGCAAGUUUGAGAUUUUGC